UAUGUCUUCCCUCAUAUUAUCUGCUAGAUUAGAAGAUGAAGAUAGGAGAAAGGAGCUACGAUCAUUGCUGGAGGAGCUGCUGGCAACAUUGGAGGAUGUCGAUGAAUCAGUUCAGAGAGAGUUAAUUGAAGAGAACAUCAUCAGAAAUUCGUUAAAAGAAGAUUUUAAAAGAGUUACUCAAACGUUAACUCGUCAUGCUUGUGUACUAGUCGUUUCGGGUUCCAAUUCGCCCUGCUCUACGAAUAUUGUAAACAAACUGCUAACAACCGAAGUCUUACCUACUAGUCUUCCUCCAACGUAUACUAUCAGAUUCGGGGAAAAACCUAGCGCCAGGAUAAUAACAGAAGAGGGAAGGGUAUAUGAAAUUGACGCCCUUGAUAUUCCUUGUGCUCAACAAUUGGCUAUAUCUAUGCUCGAUAUCCCGGGUAAUUUAAGAGCUUUAGAUAUUUGCAUUCCAAACGAUUUAUUAGAGUUAAAGGUCACAAUUGCUUCAAUGCCUCCGCAAGACAGACUCUUAGAAAAUUACUUGGCGGAUCAUGAUCUCUUUGCUUUCGUAUACGUAUCCGCUGAUAGUCCCAGUGAGGAUAAACACUUAGAAGGUUUGCUUGAUAGAAUUAACGAACCAAGAGCAUCAGUAAUUGUUUAUAUGAGUGAGGAGGAUGAUUCUAAAGUAUCAGAGAAAGAAGCAAUGAGUUUACAAGCAGAACAUUUUAUAACAGCAUCCAGUUCUCAUUUAACAGAUGAGGAAAUACUUCAAAUAUGCAACAAGGUUGAUGAAGCUGCAAAAAGUGCUUUAAGAACCAGAACAGAAGUCGUUUUUGAGUGGCUAGAAAGGAUGACAAAUAGGGCAUUACAUAUUGUGGCUGCUCAUGUUGCCUGGGAUGAAAUGAAUACCCUUGAACUUAGAGAAAGACAUCACGCCCUCUCUAUGAGUUUAGAAAGAAUUGAAAGAGACGCUGAUAAAACUAUUUCAGAAUUGGAAAAAACUUUAGACGAAGAAAUUCGAAUCGCGACGAUGAAUCUCGUCUCUUAUCUAAAUAAUUCAAAUACUCAUGCUAAAAUGUCAAUGUGGAGUAAAGAUCAUCUUCCCUAUACGCAGCAUUCCGACUUAUGGCCCAAUGUGGAAACUAAAUUGCACGGUCAUGUCGAGCAAAGAAUUGCUAACGUUUUAAGGGAAUGGGAUGAAAGAACUCAAUUGUUAAGAAAGAUUUACAGUCGUAUUAGAGAUUCGUGUAGGGAAAAGUUAAUGCCUAUUGAAUCUCAAUUGGCAAACACAACAAAGGUUUUAGAAGGAGAUAUGCCAACCCUAUUGAGCGUCAAUGAUGAAGAUGUUACAAGGACAAUUAACGUAAGUGAAUUAUCCAGACCAACGAAAUCAACCAGUUUUCCCCUAAUAAAGAAAUUAAGGCAGAGAGGAGAUUUUUUAAGCUAUUGUCGAGAUAGGGAAAAAUACAUGAGAGACUAUUCAAUGAAAAUGCUUGAAACGAUCAGCAAUGAAUGUAUAGUUACGAAAUAUGUCGAAGACCAAUUACAAAUUUUAAGACAAACUCUGAGUAAUGCUCGAGCAAUUAUACCUCACAUAAUACAUGAUACCAGAAGAGUUAUGCACUCUCUUGCUGCUGAUAGACGAAAAUGUGCUGAAAUAACCUCAAGACAUAAAUGUAUCAACGCUUUGGCUCCUCUCCUCAAAGAAAAGAUCGCAAAAUUUGCAAAUCAAUAUGUUAGGAAAUACGACAUUGAUUCUGAAUCGGUCAUAAUAGGGAAUAUUUGCGGGAAGAGUACCUGGAGUCUUUUGAAGGAAGGUUCUUGGAAUGGUGCCGAAUGUACAGUAAAAUUGUAUACUGGAAAUGUUUCGGCAAGACAUAUAGCAUCCGAGGAGCAUAUUUUGAAACGAGUAAAGCAUCCAUAUGUUGCAUUCUUACUCGGUAGUCUACCCGUAGAAAAUGCACCUGCUCUCUUAAUUGAACAACAUCUAAAGAGCGCCAGAUCUUUUGCUUGGAGGAGGCGUGUGCCCAAGGCUGGUCGUAUUCAUACUCUCUCCGUAGGACGUCGUAUUUUAGAGCAAACAAGCCUUGCUUUAGAAUUUUUGCACACAAAAAAAUUAGUACACAUUGAGGUUCGACUAGAUUCAAUAAUGAUUGAUGCUCAAAGUAACAAGGUACAGCUUUGUCACCUGGGCUCAGCAAGACCAAUAGAUAUUAAAGAGGGGGAGAACGUUUCAGUUUAUCUAGCACCCGAGGUUAUUCGAGGCGGUACUUAUACUUCACCAGCGGAUGUUUACGGUAUAGCUUUGGCGGCAUAUGAACUAUGGCACAAUACUAUUGUAACUGAUAUUGACACUGUUAAAGCUGAAUUAAACAAUGAUACAUCAGAUUUUUUAGACUGUCCAUAUAGAGACUUAAUCAAAAGAUCGUUAAUUGAAGAUAAAAAUUGCCGACCCGUCAUUGGCGAGUGGAUAGAUGCAGUUCGAUCACCAUUAUCUUUUGAAGAAGACUCUGACAAAGAAUCAGACUAG